GCAAUACGCAAAUGUAUCAAUUUUCAGCUUUCUCUUGUUUUUGUUUUGGUCUUGCGUUGCAUUAAGCGUCGUUGAGAGAAUCGUCUGUAAAAUUCUUCUAAAUUUUCUGUUUUGGACUUUUCUGCUGCUUAGUGCGUAAAAGGGUCCUUUAUAAUGACAACCGCCGCACGCCCGACGUUUGAGCCAGCCAGAGGAGGUACUGGUCGUGGAGAGAAGGACCUGAGUGCCUUGUCCAAACAGUACUCGGCCAGAGAUUUACCGUCACAUACUAAACUUAAAUACAGAGAACAUGGACAGGGCACCUCUGAGGAAAUCCGUGGCCGUGAUUUUCGCAAGGACUUGGAGGAUCGUGAAAAGGCUGUUGUUAGGGAGAAAAGGCCACGCGAGCAUGUCCAAGAUGCUUCUCAGUCAUCAGCCCCAAUGGCAAUUGCAGCUGGGAGCUCUUCUUCUACGGUCAGCAAGAGACCAAGGACAGAACAAAUUUCCACAGCCAACCUUGAUGCCGACGACCCUCUUGACGAUGAUGAUUCCGACGCUAGUGAUUCCGAUGAAGAUGACACAGCCCAGCUAUUGGCUGAGUUAAACAGAAUCAAGAAGGAGAGAGCUGCAGAGAACACCAGAAAGGAAGCUGAAAAGAGAAUGGAAGAGGAAAGGAUACGAAUGGAAAACAUUCUGAGUGGCAACCCUCUUUUGAACUACUCUGCCCAGGCCCAGAAAGGCGACCUGAAGGUCAAGAGAAGAUGGGAUGACGAUGUUGUGUUUAAAAAUUGUGCUCGCUCAGAGCCGUCGAAAAAUGAACCUCAGUUCAUCAACGACUCUCUUCGUUCAGAGUUCCAUCGCAAAUUCAUGGAAAAGUACAUCAAGUAGAAAAUUGACAACUUUGCAUUUUUUUUCAUUUAAUUAUAAGGAUUGAAAAUGUAACAAUAAAUUUCAUUUGCAAAUCUA